AUGCCGCUUACCAACGAUGAAAUUGCAGCUCUAACUAAGGACAUAGCAGCUACGAAUAUCCCAACUAUUCCAGAGCUCCCCACCCCCCCUGCUCGCACACCAUCACCUCAGCCAAGUCCCACCGAAGCAGUGGACAUAGCAGCUACGUAUAUCCCAACUAUUCCAGAGCUCCCCACCCCAUCUGCUCGCACACCAUCACCUCAGCCGAGUCCCACCGAAGCAGAGGUGCCGGACACCAUUGUAGAGAUCCCAGAAUCAAUCCGUGAGGCAAACACGUCCUCUUGGGCAGCGCGGAACCCAACACGAGCGAUUAUCCGCCCCCGGACACCGCCACCUCGACUAACGGAUGCCCAGAAGGCGUCUCGCAAGAUCAAGCGGGACCAGAGGCUCGAGCGAACGAAGAACUUACACGACGCGGUCGCUGAAUACUUAAAUGCACAGAAAACAAAAAUCGAAGCACUCUCGCGGGCUCACCACGUUACUCCCAAGCACAUCAAUGAUAUCAUUGGCAGUCAGACGCAUUAUCGAACCUCGCGCAAAAAUCGACCCGCAGGCUCUCGGUACUCGUUGGCCGAACUUCGUGAGAUGGUUGCGGCUGACCCUGAAACAAAAGGCCUUACCAGGCAAGAAAAGGAAGGUUACAUUGCAGCUCUCGAGGAGCAUCGUCAAAAAAAGGUUGUUAGUGUUCGGGCGAACAAUCUGGCGGCUGCGCGAGACGUUGUAGCCACAACAGAUAGGAUCGUGAAGGAGCUGGAUGAUCUGCGAGUUCGGACUGGUGUCUACGGCACACUAUUUGUCGUCCGCGGUCACAUCAACGACACCAUUCAAAGUGCGAUGCACGGCACAGAUAAUUCCGAAGAUUUUUGGGAGGAUGUGUACGAGCAUCCCAUGGCUGACUUUCUUAGGCAAUACGAACAGUGGGCGUGCACCCAGAAUCAAAUUGCCGUGACUGGCAAAAAAGAUAUUGUAAUGAAUUACAAUAACUACGAAACAUCUGUCAUCGAAACAUAUGGAGUGCGCCUUGUGGGCUGGCCCCAUGGUGUCAAGUUCACCAGCCCUUCGAACAUCGGGACCGUCGGCGACAUUCGCAAGCUCCGUGAUGCUCUCAAGGCACGUACGUGCUACUGGACCGUUUUAUCACCGGCGGAGGUCAAAGCUCAUGCGUCUGAACUCGAUACACGACGUUCAGCUGGGGAAGUUGUUCGGAAACCACGAAAAAAGCGUUCGGAUGCUGGAGUACCUCGGAAGCGUAAGGACGGGUCUAGCGCAGGACGGGCAAAUAAGGAGAAUCAUAGACCAUUGAAGAGAGCAAAGAAGAACCCUGCCCAGCUCCAGGAAGGUCCUAAAAGCGCUGAAUUUGUGGAAUCUUCUGACGAAGAGGAGGGGGAUGAAUAG